UAUAGAGAACUGCGAGGCUGGCAGGAGGAGGAGGCUGGAGAGAAAAAGUGACACGUGGAUUAUUCCUCCUCAGGGCAUCAAGAGAAACACACUCCUUCCUCUAGCCCAGUUCCGCAACUUUGGUGUCUGGCAUCGAAACCUCGUGGAUGUGACAGCGUCUUUUCCUCCCCUACAUGUUGGCUUUAUUUAACUCACUGACAGAUCAGAAAUUGGGGGAAAGUGAACAGCGGGAGCAGUUGACAGGAGGCUGCCGUCACUUCGCGUUGAAUGGCAGUUAUUCAAAAACAUGGCAAGAGCUCUGGUUCAGAUUUGUUCUGCCACAAGGAAAACCUCCCGCCUGACAAGAUCGGAGUCCCGGGAUGUCACAAGAAGCGGCCCGAAGGACACAACUGGUCCAGGCCAGUGGCGAGGGUAUGGACAGCGGUGCUGCUGCUUGGAACAUGCCUCCUUUACUGUGCCCGUGUGGCAAUGCCCAUCUGUGCUGUCAGCAUGGCAGAGAAGUUCCACUGGACCAAGAAAGAGUCUGGCAUGGUGCUGGGCAGCUUCUUCUGGGGAUACUGCUUCACCCAAGUGUUCGGUGGCUACGUCAGUGACCGUGUGGGAGGUGAGAAAGUCCUCCUGCUCUCGGCAGCAGCCUGGGGGUCUAUGACAGCUUUCACUCCCAUCCUCGCCCGCCUCUGCUCUCAGCCAAUCUUCUCCAUGACACUGGCACGGUUCCUCAUGGGCCUGUUACAAGGAGUUCAUUACCCUUCUCUGGCCAGCCUGUGUUCGCAGAAGGUGGUUGAGAGUGAGCGAGGCUUUCUCAUGAGCACGGUGGGGAGCGGUUCCUAUCUGGGCACCCUUGUGAUUGGAGGCGUUGGUUCACUCAUGCUUGACGUGUAUGGCUGGGAAAGUGUUUUCUUUGUCUCUGGACUCCUGUCAGUAACUUGGGCUUACUGCGUCUGGAAAUAUUUACUUAAAGGAGAAGGUCCUUUAAUCACACUUGAAUCCCUGGGUAAUGGUGGGACUCAGUCAAAAAUUAACAAAAGACAUUGGGGACGACUCCUCAAACAACCUGCAGUCUGCGCUGUGAUAGUGACGCACCUUUGCACUGCAAGCACUUUUUUCACUCUUCUGUCCUGGCUACCAACAUUCUUUAAAGACACCUUCCCUGAUGCCAAGGGCUGGGUGUUUAAUGUCAUUCCAUGGUUGGUGGCUAUACCCUCAUCUCUGUUCAGUGGCUGCCUAUCUGAUCACUUAAUAAGUCAAGGUUUCGACACCGCCUCAGUAAGGAAGCUGAUGCAGUUUUUCUCCAUGGGAGUAUCCAGUGUGUUCACAGUCCUUCUGUGUGGCAACACCACCUUCCCCUGGGCUGUAGCAUUUGUGUCGGCCACCAUGGGCCUCACCACCUUCAGCCACAGUGGGGUUUCCUUGAAUGUUCAAGAUCUCGCUCCUUCUUGUGCCGGAGCUCUUUUUGGUGUCAUGAAUACAUGUGGGGCAUUCUCAGGAGUCCUGAUGGUGUACUUUUCGGGGUAUCUCAUCGAGGCGACUGGAUCAUGGGGGUCGAUGUUCGCCCUCAUCACCACAGUCAACCUAAUGGGCCUUUUCACCUUUUUGGCUUUUGCUGAGGCUCGCAGGUUUGACAUUGAUUCCAGUAGGGUCCGCCACAACAGUAUCCACAUCUAAAUCAUUAAUAGGAGCAUUGUGCAGUUCCUAAUAGAAAUGUGACUGGAUAAUCUAUAAUAUUAUCCACAUUGGAUUAUAAUCCAAUAGAUGGUAAGCGGCAUCUUGCACAGAUGGAUGUGAGAAAAGUGUGUUUAAUUCUGUGUUUACUAAGGGAGGAGUGUGAAGGUUACUGAAAAGCACACUGCAGAGCAUUGUUACUGAAAAGCUCUAGUUGAGAGGCAGCCUUUGGAAGGUGACUCUUUCAGUUAAGAGGAAAUGUAGGAGAUUAUACUUACACUACGCCCAGGUCACACCUCGGAAAAUGGUUAAACAUUUGCAAAAGAAAAACUGUUUACAUCUGCCAUGUAAUUCAUGUCAGAAGUGGAAAAGCUGCAGAGAUAUUUAAACAUGUAUGCUUAGUGUUGGGGUUUUUUUAAUAAGCAGGUCGUAGUGGUUUGAGGUUCUCUCUCACAGCUGUGACAGACAAAGCCGGGAAGUUUUCCCACCUAGGAGAUGACCCAAGGAGAGACAAAACUCGUCUGCCUGAAAUAUGUUAAUCGUAAGAUUCAUUCACUCAUCACUGAGAUAAAUAUCCGAGUGACACCUCAUUACCCAGCCGCUAAUGACUCUGGAAGACGCCUUUAAUGUUCUGUACAAUCUACCUUCAGUGGACCUUGUGUUCCCAGUUAUAGACUGGUUUAAUCAGUUUUCAAAGGGGGACAGGACACUUUGGGGCUUAGCUUCAGCUGGGUGCUUUCUCUCUGGUAGCUGUAUUAAAUACAAUGAUGCAUUUUUCAAGACCAAAGGUUAAUAGUGAAUAAUUGUUUUUGUAUUUAAUUGCAUCUAUUAGAAUAUACCAUUAAAUUAUUUUUGAGUAUUUUCAUAUUUAUAUGGCUUUGAAAUAUUUUUUCUUUGGAGAGGAAUUAAUAUGCAGUUAAAAAAAUGGCAACAGGAUAUAUCUAGGUAAUGUGAUCCAAAGUGGAAUAACCAAUAAGACCUGAUUGUCUGUGAGUAAGCCUCAACCUGCAAUUCAUCUAAAGCAAAAUGUAUUUUUCUUAUGUGCACAUGUAUGAAAAGGAUGUUAAGCCUCUAUUUUUCAUUGCCUUACUUAGACCGUUUGUUCCUAGUGUCCUGGAAAGUAAAUUAUAACUGGGGGGAGUUAGCCUUCUCUUGUCUCAUUAGAAAAGUUUUGCUUUUGUUUUUGUUUUUUUCUGUAACUUGUUAAAAUUAUAAAAUAUUUCUGGAGAUGAAUAGGUUAAAUGUAUUUGCUGAAAGUUACAACUUUAAAAUACAACCAUGUUAGAACAGAGCACAGCAGCCUCAUGUCAGCUGAAUCGUUUGGAAUGAGUGUUGGAACUGAGAGCACAGUUUCAGUUUCCUAUUGAUCUUUGUAAGUUUCCAUGUUAUUUUCAGAUGUUUACUUGUUGUUGGUACCUUUUCUGUUUCUACGCAUUAAUUAUUAUUUUCAUCAUUUGAGCUACUAAAGAACUGAAAGAUGCAGUUGUUGCCAAACAGUGUCUGUUAGUGAUCUUUAGGAAUUGUUACUUUUGUUUAAGGUGAUUUAUAUAAAUACAAAGCAAACAUGUUUCCUUAUGGAAUAAACAUCAGACUGUAUAGUUAGUUUUGGUAACAUUAAUUUCUAUUUAGUUAUAUUUUGUUGUUAAGAUACAAAUGUACAAUUGCAUAAAAUGUUUUCACUUGGGCUUAAAACUGUCCUGUCUUAGUGCCGCCUUGUAGGGAGCAUUGUUCAACCUCUACCAUUCUUGUUUUUUAUUUUAUUUUUUUAUUUUUAUUUUUUAUUUUGGUCACAUGCUAAGAAAAUUAUAUUAAGCUUCCAUAGAUAAUUUAUUUUCCUUCCUAAAAACCAUUGUAAAUUUUGCAGAUUUAUUGACCAGUAUUUAUUUUAAG